GAGUCUUUGAGUCUGGAUACUUCAGUUCAGUAUUGACAAUACUGAAGUAUUGGUCGCACCGCGCGUGGCGGUCUCUGUGCGUAGAGCUACAUCUAGACUACAUGUACCGACCAGCUAUCCACACUACAGCUCUAGCUCUCGUGGAGAUAGGAAGUGGAUGCGAGUGAAUGUCGCCGACAGCAGGAAACAGUAACUGGCUAGGUCAGGGUUCCGGGACAGCAGAAAAAAACGCACGGGUACCAGGUGUUGGCUGAUUUCUUGCCAUCUCUCGCCCGGGGAAUUUAGUUGAUGCAUGUGGCUAGCUGUUGACAACCCGCAGUCUAUCGACGUAUGGUCUCUCCAUCCGACCUUCAACACGGCUGCCUACCAUCAGACCCAGAACUAAUUUGAUUUCCGGGCUUCAAGCCUCGGAUGUAUGGACUCGGUGGACUUUCACAUUCCUCUUAUCUGCGGACCUGACAAUUAUUUCAGCUCGACCAUUUCAGCUUGUUGCUGUGAGAGCGCUGCUGGACGAUUCGCUAGGUGUUGAAACCUGGCCUGCAAGUAACUGACUGGCCAGCAGCGGAAAGCGCAGAAGCAGCAGUAGCUGGUGUUGGCGCUGCGGAGUUGGCAAAGCAUUUGCAAGAGGCCCAGCGUGGAUUCGGACUGGAGUUGGUCAGCGGAUUCCUCCCCCGCAGGGUUCAAUGAGCGGCAUGCCGUGGCUUUGCACCAGUCGAAUCAUCACUCUAACACUGCUGGUAUUGCUGCUAUGUGUGAUAAUGCCAUGUCAAGGACAAACCGAUUCAACAGGUGACAUCAAUGGAAGCACCGAUGGCAAUGCCACCAUGAUGGACGCGGGCACAGAACUCAACGAGACGAUGACAAACGACACGGACGCUUCCGCCGGCUCGCCACUACCCGACACAAGCGCCACCAGUGGGCAGCAGGCAACGACUCAAGCAGCAGACACGCCAACACAGCCAGCAGCAGACACGCCAACACAGCCAGCAGCAGUGCCUACGUGUCCACCCGGCGGCGGCGAGGAUGACGGAAACAUGGCCACCGCGCAGCCAGACUGCCCAGAGCAACAGCCAACUUGGAUCAUCCUGGGCAUAAGCUGUGGCGGCGCUUUCAUUAUCGGUGGCUUGCUCUCCGGCUGUUGUGUGUACUGUUGCUCAACACGACCGCUCAAACACAAGCUUGGCUGUAUGUAUCUGGACAAGGGCGGCGGGUCGAGCUUCCUCAAUCCGGUCGCCGUCGACGACCACCACAAGCCGAUGGCCGCGCCGCGUCACCAUCGCGCAAACAGCGGCGACGGCAACGGCAGCGCUGCUUCUGCCCGCCUGUCUCAGCACCAGCCGGCUCAGCAGCGACACUCGCGUCUCUCAGAGUCGUCAGACUUCGGUGGCGGCGGCGGCAACCCCACUCCGUUUCCGCGUGGCGAGGUGCGCUCGGCGUACCCGCGCCUCAACGGAAACGAGUCCGAGGACGUGUUCGUGGAGUCGCGCCAGGCGCCGCGCAAGUUCUCCAAGCAACUGGUCGAGGAGAGGCGCGAGCAUCGCAACACCGUGCUCAGCCUUCGUGAAAUGUGAGCCAGUGGAGUGGCAAUGGCGAUGACGACGAUGAUGAGGACGGGUGCACCGCGUUCAAACUUGUACACAGGAUUUCUAAUUUUAUUCAAUUAUUACCACCAUGGGGGGGGGGGGGGGAGGGAGGGGAAUAACGGAUGUUAGUGGCCGUCGUGAGUUCCCUUCGGGAAUGGACACGAUAAUUUUGCUUUUACUUUACUUAACCGUGGCUCUGCUCCGUAUUUCUUUCGUCUUGCGGCCGUAAACUUGCCUAGAUAACACCUCUAUGCAAUAUUGACCUUAACCAAUACCUGUAGAUCUCAAGUCUGCCCAGUAACAAAACAAGAGAGAAUAUUGUACUUCCAGAUAGAAGAAUAACACGCUGUUGUCUAUUGUUGGUUUCUCCCGGUGGGACUUGGAAAGCUGUUGCUUCUCUUUUCUGCGUGCAUGUUAGCUCCGACACGUCGAGGUCAGAAGUUUCUUUGCUCAUGCAUCUCCGUUUCGCCACCGAAAUUGAGAGUCUUUGAUAAAAGUUGAUGAACGUUACCCAAUAAAUACUACAUACAGA